UACAUGUAAGUCUAUCUCCAAAAGCAUAUAACCCAAUCACCACUGAAAUUGGACCUCUUGAUGCAUCUGAAAUUGAGCCUCAUUAUGUGUCUGAAACUGGACUUCAUGAUGCAUAUGAAACUGGACCUCAUGAUGUGUCUGAAAUUGGACCUCAUGAUGCAUCUAAAACUGGACCUCAUAAUAUGUCUAAAACUGGACCUCAUGAUGCAUCUAGAACUGGACCUCAUGAUGCAUCUGAAACUAGACCUCAUGAUGCAUCUGAAACUGGACCUCAUGAUGUGUCUAAAAUUGGACCUCAUGAUGCAUCUGAAAUUGAACCUCAUGAUGCAUCUGAAAUUGGACCUCAUGAUGUGUCUGAAAGUGAUCAGAGUGAUGAUGAUCAUGAUGAUAACUCUACUGAUCAACCACUUCUCAUGAAAUCCAGGAUGGAAUCAAAAUCAUUUGAACUAGCAGAUGAUGCUGAUGACAAUUCUGCUGAUCAAUUGUCUACUAAGAAAUCAAGCACAAUACCAUGCAACUCAAAGACCUCCUUCGGUAUGUUUUGCAUAGUAUACAUGUAUUUUCACUAUUUUUAUAGAGGGGAAAACUAGAUAUAGUUCUAUGAAAGUUCAAUCGAUUUUAGAGCCGGAACAAGAAGAUUCAAUUUAGAGAGUAUUUUUUGGCUCAGGCACUAUUCUUAUA